UUCAUCGAGUUCAUGUGGCUGUCUGAAGCAGAGCCUCUAAACACCUUCACUAUUUGACAGACUUGCAAUUCUGACAGCACUAAAAAGAGCCAAAACACAUGUCAAACGGAGCUGAAGACUGUUUGAGGUCAUGCAGCAAAAAAGUCUUAGAUGAACUGAGCUGGAAUACCCUGCGGUUGACUUUUAAACGGAAUCCAAAUGGAUGGUGGUUACAGUAGCGACCAUUUGCAGGUCAUUUAAGGUUCUACACACGAUGGCUGAUAUGUGCUGUAGAGCGAUGGAGCGAGGCAGAGGACGGGUUCCGUCUGACGCUAUGCCGCGACCUGGAUACCCCCAGCACUAUGUGCAGCAGACUGGCACCCAGCAGCCAGGGGUAGACAUCGAGGAGCUCGCCUCCAAACGGGUGGACAUCCAGAAGAAGAGGUUCUACCUGGAUGUGAAGCAGAGCACACGGGGACGCUUUCUGAAGAUCGCCGAGGUCUGGAUCGGACGCGGACGGCAUGAUAACAUCAGGAAGAGCAAACUAACCCUCUCCAUGUCCAUGGCUCCCGAUCUCCGGUACUGCCUGGGAGAUUUCAUUGAGUACUACGCUCGCAUUGGGCUGAGAGGCGCGCUGGCGCCACUGCGGAUCGAGGAGCAGAACAACGGCCAGGGCCGCCAACCUGACGCCCACAGGAGGCGGCCGGAGCACCGAGCAUCGCCGGUGUCCCCGGCCGGCUCUGCCGCAUCCGAUGAGAACGCCCACCGCGUCCUGAAGAGCGAGUUCAUCGAGCGGGACAAUAGGAAGUACUAUCUGGACCUGAAGGAAAACCAGCGGGGCCGGUUCCUCCGCAUCAGGCAGACCGUGAUCAAGGGCCACGGCACCAUGGGCUACUACGGCCAGGGCAUAGAGCAGACCAUCGUGCUCCCGGCCCAAGGGCUCAUCGAGUUCAGGGACGCGCUGUCACAGCUGAUCGAGGACUACGGGGACGAGGACACCGACGACCGCGGCAAGGGCUCCAAGAACUGCGGCGGCGAGGAGAGUCCGGACCUGCCGGAGGCGGCGUCCUUCCGCGUGGACAACAAACGGUUCUACUUCGACGUAGGGUCCAACCGAUACGGCGUCUUCCUGAAGAUCAGCGAGGUCAGGCAGCCGUACAGGAACACCAUCACGGUGCCGCUCAAAGCAUGGGCCCGGUUCGGGGAGAACUUCAUCCGCUACGAGGACGAGAUGAGGCGGAUCAUCUCGUGUCAGACCGAGAAGAGGACGGGCGCGGAGCCGGGGGAGGACGCCGAGGAGCCGGCGGACUAGCGGGCGGCCAGCGGUCCAGCAGUGAGUUGAACGGUGGAGCAGAAGAGACAGAGUGAUAAGAACCUAGACAUCGUAGCAAAUCAAGGUCAUGAUGAAGGAUCAUGUAAUGCAAUGCUGUACUGUAUGCACUGAUGUAGGCUACUGUAACUAUUGCCGACUACAACUUUUCUCUUAUGCUGUUGAUGUGUCCACUGACACCGGUUUCAAUUGGUCAGAUGAACACCGACCUCGUGUUUUAACAUCCAUUCACGUUUGAAAAAGAUGAGGUCCUAAGCCCGAUAAAGGAUGCAUGAGGGCGUGAAGACGCUGAUACUGCACACGUAACGUUGGGGUGCAUAUGGUGCUUUAGUGUGAGGAGGCCCUUGGCUGAGGAGAGAUGGCAACUGAUAGCUUUUCAUCCAUUAAUCACACCUCCAUCCUCAUGGACUGGGUAACUAUGGUCUGUUCGAUUUCUUAAGGAUCCAUUUGAUUGGUAAAGGAUCAAUAUCACGUUUAGGCUACCUAUUAGGCCUACCCUUUUUAGACUUCGACAUUGGAUAUCAAAAAUAAUAAAAGGCCCUUUACUGUCACUUUAAUGAGAAAGGCUUGCACCCCAAUUUAAUCAAUUAAACCAAUUAAUGAAAGUAGAUUUGCUCUGCCUUGCACAAUAUAUCUAUUUUGUAUUGCCUUAUUAUCUAGAGACACCUCAAUCCCGAAAUUAUUAUGCCUUUAAAAACCUUGUGGAUACUUGAAACAAAGGCCUCGAGAUUCAUAUUUUAUACAUAGAUAUAAUUAUGUUUCUUAUAAGAACGCAUCUUUGUAAUUAGGAAUCGAGUCAGAAAAAAAGGUAAAGUUCCUAACUUGUUAAUGUUCGAUCACAUACCAAAUUAUUUGAGCACAAAUGAAACUAAUAACCAUAUAAAUCCAGACCUUGCAUUCUCCAAUGUUUGAAAGAGCGUCUAGCUUCAAUUUCUUGACAAACCUUUCAUCUUGUUCUCCUAUGUAUGCCUACAGUUUAACAAAGCAUAGGCCUACAAUGAUGCUGGUCCAUGAGAUUAAUCUCACUAUGGCUGCCUGGAUAAGAACCACUAGUUUGUAUUUGACAAUGUCAACAGUUCAACGUUCAAUGUGAGAACCAAACGAAGGGAUUAGGGGUUGAUGAUCCAACAUUUUGUUGGAUCAUCAAUUUUGUUGUUUGGUUCUCUAUGUUUAAUACAUGUGGUUACAGAUGGUCAAAGUUAGGCUACUUUGAAUUUUGGGUCCACAUGCAGAUCUGAUUUUAGUUUUCUGCUCAGUGUCGACAAUAAAGGCUUAUUAGUGGCAUGGUUUUGGUGUUUUCCCGAAUUGUUAAUAAUCUUGUUUUAGAUGUUUAUCUUUGAUUAAGGCAGAUAUUAGCCUUGAGCAAUGGGAAGCCAAUGACAGUAUUAUACAUCCACAUGUACAAUUCAUAUUGAGGUUAUUAUCACGCAUCUCUCCGAGUCAGUAUGUUACUAUAUUUCCCACAAACCAUCAUCAGCGUUUUGAGGCCUGACUAAUGCUGAAGUUAGCACCUCUGUCUGAUGUGUACAGCAGUGUGUUGCUCACGGUGAGGCGUGACCCAUCCACACUUAGAUAAACCUCCCUAAUGUACAGGCACAUUCAGGGACAGACAUCUUUUAAAAAUAUCAAUUCAUUGAAAAAAUUAAGUAUUCCAACAAUAUGGUAAACACGGCUGUUCAAUUAACAUUUGGGCCAAAUCCCCUUCACCUUAAAAAAAACUAAACCACAUUCAUCUGUUUUAGAGUGCAAUGAAAUGUGUUUGUUUAAUGAAGUUAUUGGUGUGUGUGUGUGUGUGUGUGUGUGUGUGUGUGUGUGUGUGUGUGUGUGUGUGUGUGUGUGUGUGUGUGUGUGUGUGUGUAUGCCAUAGUAUAGAGUUAAUAUAGUGUGAGACUCUGACCUAGCUCCAAACAUUCUAAGACAAAGGCCAUUUGAAAACCUUUUAAUAUCAGGACAAAAUAUUAAAAGGUUCCACUUCCUUUUAAUAUCUUCAAGUUGGCAGACAAUGCAUUACAUUUAGUCCAAUAUGUUUCCCGGUUUUGAUGGUGCUGGAACAGAGAGUUAAUACAUAGCUUAAAUUAACAGUGAUUAGGCUUCCUCAUGAAUUGCCAAAUAGGGUAAAAAGAAAGAUAGGCAAACAUGUUAAUAUAGAAAGGGCUUAAAAUCUUUCUUUAACUGGAUUUUAUUUUGUCUUUAAUACCACUGUGCUAUCAAAUCUGCAUAUGUGCAGAUUUUCCAAUUUUGUGUAUUCCAUGUAUUAUAAACAAGAAUGCUAUGAAGUUGUACUAUGAAAGUGGAUUGUAUUUUUGCGAUUCCUCUUUCAGUGGUAGGCUAUUUUUUAUUUUCUUGUAACCAUGAGGUGAUCUUUCUUUGCCAAAAAGUUGUGUAUUGUGCUUUGUCUAUAUUUGCUAUUUGCAAUGUGUUAACAUUAUUUUUCCUGUGAAUACAUUAUCUGUCUCCAAUAUUAUUACAGAUCUAUAUGAAAACUAAAAGGCAUUACGAUAAUUAAAGGCACAAUUCAUGCAUUUUCUAAUAAUUUUAGAAAUGGAUCAUGCCAUACAUGUAGGGUACAGUAAAUAAGCAGUAACUAUACAAAUCUUAAGAUUCACAGUAACACAUUUUAAGAGAAGGAUAAAUUUAGCUAACAAAAAUAACCUUUUUUGUUUCCUUAUUGCGAAAAUAAAUAUUUUCAGCUUUUCUUAACUGAUUGAUAGUUUGCUGAAGAUGGACAAUCAUAGUGUUUUCUCUUUUGUCCCUCAGAAGUAAACUUGAUUUUUAAACCUUACCCCCAUCAAUAGUACAUAAUAUUUACUAUGUUUGCCCUGACUUUGAUAAAUUAUGCAAAAUGCCACCAUGUAUCUAUUCCCUGAUUCCCUAAUCUCCCCUGCCCUCUGAACGCGCAAUAUAUAACUGAUGUACAUAUCAGACAGUGAUGUUUGAUCUAUAGGGUCUUUGUAGGGUCGUUUGUUGAUUUGUACCAAUAGCUCUUAUGGUACAAUGAGCUCCAAAACUCCCCUGAUCUUGAAGUCUGAUUUAUAGCCCGAUUAACCUACUAAUUGAAAAGUAUUGUUUUUCGAUAAGGAUUUAGAGGUUUCUCAAUGGCUCCUUCUAGCAUUCUUCAACAGCUUUCCUGUGUACUGACGCCUUUAGCCAGACGUCAGCAGGGCAGGCUUCCAUGCAAUGUUAAAAGAGCUAAUUUGAUACCUGCAUCAGAAUCAGCCAUGAGGACAUCAUGUAACAAAGGAACACAUCGAUUCAAAGAAGCAAUAUCUCCUAUCAAUUUUCAAUAAUAACAUAUAUUUCAAAAUUUGAUCCAAAUAAAGCCAAAAUUAAAAAGCCAAAGAAAUUAAAGAUAGACGGGAUAAUGACUAAAAACACCUAUUGGGUAACCCUGGAAAAGAUAGCAUUUUGAUUAUGGAUUCAAAUUAUACUAUAU